AUGGCCGCCCCACAGAGCAAUGGCCGCGCAAAGAAGGUGUCCAAGCCCAAGGCCAGCGGCUAUCUGAACGGCUCAGCCAACGGCCAUCUCAACGGCCACGCAGACAAGUCCAAAUCCUCCAGCGUCGCCGUGCGCCCAAGGAAGCAAAGAAGAACAUUCACAGGCGCUGUCACAAGUAUCCUGCUGAGACUGUCGGUGUGGUACGUCAUCCUCACCGCCGCCUUCAGGUGCCCGUCCUCCGUGACGCAGCUGAACGACUCCUCUCCUCGUGUCUGCACACCAUAUCUGCAGGUGCGCUCCUACGUAACACCUCACCUCGACCCUUACUACCAGGCCUACCUUGCACCCCACGUGGAGAAGGCAAAGCCCUACGUCGACCGCUUCGAACGCCAGGUCUACACACCCGCCGCUAGCUUCACCAAGAAGCAGUACACUACGUACGGCGCGCACAGGGUCGAGCAAGCCAGGAAGCAGGCCGAGGCUGGCUGGGACAAGACAGUCCGCCCACACCUGCAGAAUGCCCAGAACGCCGCGCAAGCACAGUACGAUGUCUACCUUGGACACCACGUGAAAAGGGCCUCAGAUGCCGCCAGCCCUUACUACGACCAGAUCAAGACUGGCUCGAGCAGCGCCUACCACAAAUCGCUCCUGCCUGCAUACGAGGCUUCUCGGCCCUACCUCCGCAAAGCUCGCGUGCAAGGUCGUCACGUCAUUGUCGAUGUCGUCUUCCCUCACGUUCGCUCUGCCAAGGAUAUCACCUGGGCCUUCCUCGUCCGCAAUAUCUGGCCUCAACUACGCGUCCUCUACGGCGACAACGUUGAGCCACAGCUGGUCCGCAUUUCUGAACGCUUAGGCCGCUACCGAGACCAGCAGAGAGUGGAGUCCGUGGUCGAUGCUGUCGAGUCGGAAACGUCUACUGCCGCGACUGAUGCCACCAAAAUUGUCCCAACCGUUGCUGCGUCGAGCUCCAGCUCUAUUGCUUCUGUUGCCUCUGCAUCUAUCAGCUCAGCCAGCAAAGCAGCUUCGAGCGUUGUAGACAGCAUUUUGGGUGGCGACUCGUCCAGCGCUGCCUCUGGCGAAGCGCAGUCUGAAGCUUCAAUCGACCCCAAAGACUCCGGUCUCUCUCCCGAAGAAUUGAAGGAGAAGCUCAACGAGGAUCUCCGCAAGUGGCAGACCAAGUUCGCUGCAGCAGCUGACAAGGGUGCCGAAGAUCUUGAGCAGCGUGUCGCCGAAAUCACUACUCGUCAGGUCGAGAAGGGCGUCAACGGACACGGCAAAGCCUUGAUCGUCAAGCUCGAGGAGAGCGCAGACUCGACUAUCGUCAGCCUGAAGAGCUUCAUCAAGAAGACCGUCAAGUCUAUUCCUGAAGAUGCCACAGAGAAGGACCUUGAACUUGCACACGAGCAGUGCAGCACCAAGGCGCGUGAGCUCGGACAGACUGUAAAGCAAAAGGCUCAAGACGUCCGCGAGUGGAAGAGUUCCUACGAUACAGAGACAGAUACGCUUGUCCAAGCUGCCGUCAAGAGCACAGUCGAGGUCCUCGAAAAGAUUCACGGUUUGGGACUCCAGGAAGUCGGAAUGCGCUGGGCAUGGACUGAUGGUGUGACCUACAAAGACUGGCAGAACUACCACAAGCUAAAGUCCACCCUCACAGAAUGGCAAGCCGAAGUCGAGUCUGUCGGCUCGAGACACGAGGGUCUCCGCCUUGCUCACGAAGAGGCCAAGCGUCUUGAAGAUGAGGCUAUGUCUAUCGCCUCGAAGAACGUCAACGAGCUGGUUCGUCUCAAGGACGUUGCCAAGUGGAAGCUCUGGGCUGACGAUGCGACCGACGACUUCACAAACAACGCCGUACCCCCUCGUGCACGCAAGGCAGCCCAGCAAGUUCUGGAUAAUGUCGGCAGCGCCUCGUCAAAGGUCUCUGAGGCAAUCGUCGGUUCAGAAACCCCAGUCAGCGAAAGCAUUGCUUCUUCAAUCAAGAGUGCGGCCUUUGAUGCUUCAUCGAAGAUGUCUGAAGCUUCUUCCGAAGUUUACAAAUCCGUUGUAGGCGCAGAGACUCCAUCGGCGCAAAAUGUGCUCUCGCAGGCAUCGUCGAAGGCUUCCGAAGUCGUCGUUGACGGUGCAUCCAGCGUCAGCAGUGGCGCCAGUGAAGCCGCUAGCAGCGCGUCUAGUGCUGCAUCUGGAGCAAAAGAUGCCGUUGUAGAGAAGGCCUCUACCGCCACCGAAUCUCCCAAGAAGGUCUGGGGUGGUGUUGCUGCCCAGGUUCUUGUUGAAGCAAGGGAGCCUGUAUUUGACGAUGUUAUUGAUGAUGACGAGAGUGUGAAUUACUCAGUCAAACUUCAGAGCAUGGUUGCUGACGCCGGCGACCGUGCGUCUGAGCUGAGCAGGGCUGUCAGCGAAGCUCUUUUGGGUGCCACCAAGACACAGGGAAGCGUCGAAUCUGCUACCUCUCUUGCAAGCGAGCAGUACGCCAAAGCCAUUGCAGCAGCUUCGAGCGCGUUGUAUGGAACUCAACAGCAGCCUCUUGAGAGUGCAACGAGCAUAGCUUCUGUCAAGUUCGCCGAUGCCGUCACCGCUGCAUCUUACGCUAUCUACGGCACUCCUACGCCCACCGCAGUGAUCAAGACCGUACAAGUCGAAGUGAGCUCACGUUACAGCAACGCCGUCAGCCUCGCCAGCGAACAACUCGAGAACGCAAAGUCCCAGCUCUCGGUUCUGGCUUCCGGAACUCAGCAGCCCGCUUACCAGACUUUGUUGUCUGGGUUCGAGAAGGCAUACUCUGACUCUGUCGCCGCCGCCAGCAGUCAGCUGCAUGCCGCUCUUCAGUACACCGAGUCGGCGAAGAGCUACGCAGCAGGCCCGACCCAAGGCUACUUUGCGUCUGUUUCCUCGAUUGCUUCGUCAAGACUGUCCGAAGGUCUUAGCCAGGCUUCUGCUCAGUUUUCCACUCAGCCCACUUCCGGUAUUGACAGUGCGCGUCGCCAGUACUACGAGGCUAUUGGUCUCGCCCAUGGCCGCUACUCUGAAUUUCUCGGUGCUGCCUCCAGCGCCGUCUACGGCCCUCAACAAGGUACAGCAGAGUCUUUCGCUUCGGUCGCAUCUGCAUCGGCGAGCUCCAUUGCCUCGGCUGCGUCCGUGUCGGCAGCUUCCGCCGCAUCUGGUGUUUCUGACACCGUUAAUUCCGCUGCCGCAAAUGCUCAGUCCGUAGCAUCGAACGCUCAGGCUGCCGCUGAGUCGCUGGCCUCUCAAGUCAGUUCUGGUGUUAUCGGCUCUGAGACACCUUGGACCGAGUCAGUUGCUUCUCAGGCUAGCGAGAACUGGGAGGCGUUGAUCGCCAGGGCCAGCAGCCAGGUCUACGGUCAGCCUACUCCCUGGACAGAGUCAGUCUAUUCUCAGGCUGGUGCAUACGGAGCACAAGCCACAGCCAGGGUCGCCGAGCAGUAUGCUGGUAUUCAGGCCCUGAUCUCUGAACUGGUCGUCGGCAAAGAGCCCGAUUUCACCGAGAGCGUCAUGAACAGAUUUGCAUCAGCAUACUCUACAGGCCUUCCCGCUGUUGUUGCCUCUGCUGAAUCAUACGUCAACGGGCAAUACGACUCUGCAAGCUCUUACGCCGGUGAGAGCUUCGAGGCUGCAACUGAUUAUGCUGCCGAUGCCUACGCUUCCGCUUCAUCUGUCGUCAGCUCCAUCUUCACCCCACCAGCCGCCGUUGAGACUAUCCUCAGCCAGGCCAGCGCGCAGAUCGACUCGGCUCUUGAGAGCGCCUCGGUCGCUGUUUACGGAACCCCCAAGGGCGCGGCUGAGCAGGCUAGCGAGUCUGUUGCCAGCGCGUACGCUUCCAUCCAGUCUCAGGUUAGCGAGGCCAUCUACGGCACCGAACAGGCUCAGGAUAGCUUCACUGCCGCUGCUGUUAGCGCUCAAGCUGCCAUAAGCGCAGCCAUCUUUGGCACACCCACAGCCACUGGCUACGCUGCAUCGAUCACGAGCGGCGCCUCUGACACAUACGGCUCCGUAGCCAGUGGUGCUGGAGAGGUGUACAGCUCGGUUGCCAGUAACGCGGGAGAGGUCCUUGACUCCGUCGCGAGUGGCGCAGGUGAAGCCUACACUUCUGUCGCCUCGGUCGCAAGUGAGAACGCCGACUACGCCUACUCCAAGAUCAGCUCCGCAAUCUACGGUCCCGAACAGGGUGCUAUGGAAAGCGCCAACAGCAGGAUCGCACUCGCCGUCGAGGCAGCCAAUUCGCGCAUCAGCGAGAUGUACGCUAGUGCAUCCGUCAAUGCUGGUAAGGCAGCCAGUAGCGCGUCAAGCGUUGCUACUGAGGCGACACAAAGAGUCAAGGACGAGUUGUAA